GGCACUGCUUGCGGAACUGCUGGUUGUACGCCUGCCGGAACCAUGCGUAGACAAUUACUAAUAGGAUCGUUGAGUCUCGCGACGGGAACUGUGGGGUUUUUGUCCACCUCGCUCCUGCCGAGACCACCUUCCAAGCUUGCUGGCCGGCAUCAUGAUCUUUGCAGGAUGUGCGCACCGUCUUCUGACGCGCAAGAGGGGCUAGGAGCAUCUCCGGCCCUUACGAGGGAGGGAUGGCUGAAGGCAACCACUGCUGCAGCCGCGCUAGGGGUCGGCAUCGCUGUGUCCCCUGGUUCGUCGACAGCAGCAGACGGCGGAGCCCCCAAAGGACUACCCGCCUCGGGAUACUUCGUGCAGCACGCGGUGUUUAAGGUGCCCGACAUGGACGAGGAGGUGAAGUUUUUCACGGAGGGGCUGGGCAUGAAGGUCGUGCGGCAGAGGGAGGUGAACGGUGUUCGGAACGUUUUCGUGGCGUACGGGGACGAGAGCCUGCAAACCAAGGACGGAGGGUACUUUUCCUUGGAGCUGGUGUACGACCCGAAGGCUCCCCCCGGCUACAGCACGGGCGGGCCAUUCCAGUACCUCGGGCUCACUCUCAGCUCCACGCUAGCCACGAUCGCCUACAAGGUGGACGCUGCGGGGGGCACGGUGGUGCCCCACUGGUUCGGGACGAAGGAUUUCGUGGAGGCGACCUCUCCCAGCGGUACGACCGUAAGGGUCAAGGAGGGGAAACGGCGGGACCCCUUUUCAGUGGUUGCGUUCGGCACACAGUUCCCGGACAAGGCCACGGCCUACUUUCACAACGUGCUGGGGAUGAAGGAGCAAGACGCGGGCCUGCUGAAGGUCCUGGGUCCGCUGGCGGGCGACGCCCUGCGUCUUUCUGGGUACGACAAGGCAGGCGUGUCGGUGGCGCUUAACCCCGUCGACUCCAAGAUUUUUGAGGGGGGAACAUUCGGGAAGCUGGCAGUCCUGACGAAAGACACCAAGGCAUUGGCCGAUAAGGUUUCGGCGAGCGGAGGCGCCAAGACGGGGGGAGGGGACGUGCUCUUUGCGGGGGAGGUUCCCGGGAUCGGCACGAAGGUGGCCAACACGAUCGAUUUCGAGGGUCGAGGAGUGGUGUUCGUUGACUACGACGACUUCGAAGGAGAGAUGAAACCGCCAAGCUCGGCACAGGAGGAGUCCUAGGAAGACAGCAGCAGUAGUCUACGCAGAUUUUUCAAAUUCAGUAACAAAUCUGGAUAAAGUGUAGAUGGGGCUUAGUUGGGGCUUAGGGUUAGGGCUAGAGUCUGCGUGCUGCCAGCGAGUUUUCGAAACUAAGCUUGCUUUGUAUUGCGUAGGCAGUCGUAAUGAGACGGCUCAACCACCCCCCGGAAGCAGGUGUGGUAGGCUAAAGCAGAAAGUGCCUCUAGUUUAGACCAGACCGAGGCUGGGUUUGUUACCGUACUCCUAGGGUCAUGCUACGAAUGUUCGCUAUAUUGGUUUUGGUGUAGGUUCUUAACCUACAAUAGCUCAAAAAUGGUGCUCAAGUUCGGCUUACGACGGUCCUCAAGCUAUUAGAAUUUGAGGUUUUCGAGGCUCCAAUGAAGCGCCAAGUUCUCAAGUGGGAAAAAUGAGUAGUAACUGCCAAGCUCUUCAGUGCUUUAAUAGCGCUACCUGUAUUCAGGCGCUACCGAAAAAUGGAUACAUGUACUUCGAAUGGCAUAGAUUGUAGAUGAUAGGGAGUUUAGUAGGGAUGACCUCUGCGCCUCUGCCGUGGGACGUUUUGUUAUUGAGGUCGAAAGUUGAACUUCAUAACUACAUCAGGCCCUCGGUUUGGGGCAGCCAACAAUAAGCGAUGAGCUUCGCGCACAGCAGUAGAGGGUCUCAAGUGGUGCAAGGUCUCGUUGUCGUUGCUGCCCAUUGUGCAGGAGUGGUGCAGCAGUGACUUACUGCUGUGGAGGUGGGAUUCGCGUUUGACGUAUCGUGGAGGCCCUAUGCCAUCUUUGAACGUCUAGUCUUGACGCUGUGAUCUGCCGCUGGCCUGAAGUCUAGCAAGCGGUACCGAACAUGUACAUGGCUUGAUCAUCCGUGUACUACUGCGUGUCAGUCCAAGAAUAAAUGUGAAGUAUC